CGACCCCGGAAGGUUGUGGCGUGGGGGCCGCGGCCGCACGGGGAGCGAGGGCGGUUGGUGUCAGCAGCAGCGAAGGGUCGGAGCCGGGGCCCUGCGCCUCCUCCCCGCCGCCCUCCGCAGAUCCCUUUGGCUUUGAAGAGGAGCUGCAGUACCUACGGCCUUGCUGCCUAAGGGAUGGGAUCAGAGAACAGUGCUUUAAAGAGCUAUACGCUGAAAGAGCCACCAUUUACUUUGCCCUCUGGACUUGCUGUUUAUCCUGCUGUGCUGCAAGAUGGCAAAUUUGCUUCAGUUUUUGUAUAUAAAAGAGAAAAUGAAGACAAAGUUAAUAAAGCUGCCAAGCACUUGAAGACACUGCGUCACCCCUGCCUGCUGAGAUUCCUGUCAUGUACUGUGGAAGCAGAUGGCAUUCAUCUGGUCACUGAGAGAGUGCAGCCUCUGGAAGUGGCCUUGGAAAGGCUGUCUUCUGCAGAGAUUUGUUCUGGGAUCUAUGACGUUUUGCUGGCUCUCAUCUUCCUUCACGACAGAGGACACCUCACACACAACAAUGUCUGCUUAUCAUCUGUGUUUGUGAGUGAAGAUGGGCACUGGAAGCUAGGAGGAAUGGAAACUGUGUGUAAAGUUCCUCAGGCCACUCCCGAGUUUCUGAGGAGUAUUCAGGCAGUCAGAGACCCAGCGUCUAUCCCUCCUGAAGAGAUGUCUCCAGAGUUCAGCCCUCUCCCGGAGUCCCACGGACAUGCCCGGGAUGCCUACUCGUUUGGAACACUGGUGGAAGGCUUGCUCACCGUCUUACGUGGACAGGUUUCAGCGGACGUGCUCUCCAGCUUCCAGCAGACCUUGCUCUCAACUGUGCUGCAUCCCAUCCCUCAGUGUCGGCCGGCGCUCUGCACCUUACUGUCCCACGACUUCUUCAGAAAUGAUUUUCUAGAAGUUGUAAAUUUCUUGAAAAGCUUAACAUUGAAGAGUGAAGAGGAGAAAACUGAAUUCUUCAAGUUUCUGCUGGAUAGAGUCAGCUGCUUGUCAGAGGAAUUAAUAGCUUCGAGGUUGGUACCUCUUCUGCUGAAUCAGUUGGUGUUUGCAGAGCCAGUAGCUGUCAAGAGUUUUCUUCCUCAUCUGCUUGGCCCCAAAAAAGAUAAUGCACGGGGAGACACGCCUUGCUUGCUCUCGCCAGCCCUGUUCCAGGCGCGGGUGAUACCCGUGCUGCUUCAGCUGUUCCAGGUUCACGAGGAGCACGUGCGGCUGGUGCUGCUGUCUCACAUCGAGGCCUACGUGGAGCACUUCACUCAGGAGCAGCUCAAGAAAGUCGUCCUGCCGCAGGUGUUACUGGGCCUGCGUGACACCAGCGAUUCCAUUGUGUCAAUUACUCUUCAUAGCCUCGCAGUGCUAGUCUCUCUACUUGGACCAGAAGUGGUUGUGGGAGGAGAAAGAACCAAGAUCUUCAAGCGUACUGCCCCAAGUUUUACUAAAACUGUUGACCUUUCCCCACAAGAUUCUCCCCUGCACGUCGGCUGCAGCCAGCACAGUCAGAUCUCGCCAGCCUUGGAGAAACCCUCUAGCAUAUUCCCUAAGUGUUUCCUUUCUGGCAACAUGCCCAUCAGCAGCAAGAAGUCCAUACAGCAAGAUUACUACAGUACUCUUUUACAGACAGGUGAUCAGUUUUCUCAGUCUGUUAAAUUUCCCAUGAACGGAAUCUCAGAUGUCAAAAGUACUUCAGGAGACAGUGAAAAUUUCCCAUCAGACCCUAAGAAGUCUGAGGAGUGGCCUGACUGGAACGAGCCUACGGAGCCUGAGAACCAAACCAUGGGCACACAGAUCUGGCCUCCAGAACCCUGUGAUGCUGCUGCCGAGGAGCCCAGAAGUGGAGGGACUGGAAUAAACCUGGGAGCUGGGAUCCCCGCUGCAGUGCCUGUGACUUCAGGGGAGCAGACGCCCAUCCCUGCUUCACUGCCCCUCAUUGAGGAACCUACACCUUUGAAAUCAAGCCCACCCCAAAAGAUCAGUUUAGCACAGAGUGACCCGGACAAAAUCAAGCCACCAAAAGUGCUGUCACAAGAAAGGCCCCUUAAACUUCCAUCUGAACUUGGCUUAGGAGAAGAGUUUACAAUCCAAGUGAAAAGGAAGCCAGCACAAGACCCUGAGUUGGACUGGUUUGCAGACAUGAUCCCAGAAAUUAAGCCUUCAGCCACGUUUCUUAUUUUACCUGAACUGAGGACAGAAACAGAUGAUGUCUCGCCCGGGAUGCAGUUUUCCUCAAAAUUUGCUGCAGCAGAAAUGAGUGAAGCAGAGGCUGAAGGCUGGGGAGAAGAAGGGGAGCUGAACUGGGAAGAUAAUAACUGGUGACAACGGGUAUGAGCUGAACUUUAGGAGCAAUGAUUCCUUUAAAAAAAAAAAAUCAAUACCUCAAAACCAGGCUGUGUGGACAAAACCCUUUUGCAGCCUGUGCUUCCUAUGCCAGGAGCUCUCUUCACAGUCUGUGCCAACUGACGUGAGACCAACCUCAAGUGCUGACUGGACGCGCGGAGUGGUCGGGAGGCUCAGCACAGGUUCCUGGGAGGAGGAGCCCGUGUGCAUUUGACUGAGGCCAGUUUCCCUGAAGAGCAAGCGGGUGAGGCCAGGCCAAGUGGACUGCCUCUUCCAGGACAGUCCUGGAAGUCAAGACGAUAAAUAUAAAACCCCAAACUGGUUAGCUUAAUUUUGUGCCAUUUCUUGAACAGUGAGAAGAGUAGUAGUCUAUUAUGAAAAUAUGACUUAAAAAAAUUUAGCUAUAAAUUAUAAAUGAUUUAAAUUGCUAAGGUCACCUUAGGCAGCUUAUUUAUUUGUUUACAGUAGUCCUGAGUAAAAGGCCCUUUGUGGACCUGGGCAGUCACCGACUGUUCACGUGUAUUACAUUGUACCAAAGUUCUUAAUGAGAAAUAUCCCCCACAAUCCUGUUCUCUACAUGUCAAUAAAGACUAUUUUCACUAGA